AUGGCUAUUCCGGAAAGACCGUCUCCAAGACAAGAUGUCAACAAAGAUACCAACGAUGCGGCAAACACGUCUGGGUUUGCUACAAGCUGCAAGAUGGCAAUUUCGCGUUACCGUGUGUUUACCAUCAUCACUAUGGCAGCGGUUGCCUUGGUAGCCGCAGGAGCUGUUCUCACCAUGGCUGGUGUCGUCAUGUACCUUACUGUCACACCGAACAGGCAGGCUGACAUAAACAUGCAUAUGGCUGCCAGUCAUAACGUUGUGACAGCUACAAUGUCGCGGGUUACAACCACACUGCCACAGGUGACAACCACACUGUCACAGGUGACAACCACACUGUCACAGGUGGCAAUCAAACCGCUACAACUGACAACCAAACCGCUACAGAUGAAAACCACCCAACCACAGGUGACAACCAAACCGCUAGAAGUUACAACCAAACCGCUACAAGUGACAACCAUACCGCCACAGGUGACAACCACACUGCCAAAUAUGACAACCAGCCUGCAACAGGUGACAACCACCCCGCCGAGGGUGACAACAGCAUCGAAGUGUUCAAAGCUGCCACCCCCAGGAAACGGUGCCGUGACUGGCUCCAACUCCUACAGAGACGUGGCCACCUUCACCUGUAACCCAGGAUACAAGCUGUUCGGUACUUCUACACGUACCUGUCAGUCUGACGGGACUUGGAGUGGGAAACCACCAACAUGCAAAAUUGUACAAUGCACGUCACUGAAACCACCAACCAAUGGCAUCAUGAGAGGGGCCAAUUCCUACCAGGGAGUGACAUACUUCACCUGUGUUCGUGGGUACACUCCUGUAGGUGUAAAGAGCAUCAGGUGCCAGGAAGACGGUACAUGGAGUGACAGGGUUCCUACUUGCCAAGCUAUAAAAUGUACCAAGCUGACAUCCCCAGCAAACGGUGCCGUGACUGGCUCCAACUCCUACGGAGACGUGGCCACCUUCACCUGUAACCCAGGAUACAAGCUGGUCGGUACUUCUACACGUACCUGUCAGUCUGACGGGACUUGGAGCGGAGGUUCUCCAACAUGUACAGCUGUUCAAUGUACCAAGCGGACACCCCCAAAAAACGGUGCCGUGACUGGCUCCAACUCGUACGGAGACGUGGCCACCUUCACCUGUAACCCAGGAUACAAGCUGGUCGGUACUUCUACACGUACCUGUCAGUCUGACGGCACUUGGAGUGGAGGAUCUCCAACAUGCACAGCUGUGCUAUGCCCAACACUGAGGUGUCCAGCCAAUGGUGACAAGAGAGGUUCCACAUCCUACCCAGGAUCGACUCGUUUCACCUGUGACCGCGGUUACAAACUCGUGGGGGCGAAAAGUACCAGUUGCCAGGCAGACGCUACACGAUGCCCAAAGCUGACACCCCCAACAAACGGUGCCGUGACUGGCUCCAACUCCUACGGAGACGUGGUCAUCUUCGCCUGUAACCCAGGAUACAAGCUGGUCGGUACUUCAACACGUACCUGUCAGUCUGUCGGGACUUGGAGCGGAGGUUUUCCAACAUGCAAAAUUGUACAAUGUACCAGGCUGACACCCCCAGCAAACGGUGUAAUGUAUGGCUCCAACUCCUACGGACACCGGGCCACCUUCACCUGUAACCCAGGAUACAAGCUGGUCGGUACUUCUACACUUACCUGUCAGUCUGACGGGACUUGGAGCGGAGGAUCACCAACAUGCAGAGUUGCGCAAUGUACCAUGCUGCCACUCCCAUCAAACGGUGCCGUGACUGGCUCCAACUCGUACGGGGGCGUGAUCACCUUCAUCUGUAACCCAGGAUACAAGCUGGUCGGUACUUCUACACGUACCUGUCAGUCUGACGGGACUUGGAGUGGGAAAUCACCAACAUGUACAGCUGAAUGCAGAAAUGGCUACCAAUUGCUUGCUCAAACCUGCUUCCGGGUUUCUCGUGACAAGAAGAACCACGAUGACGCCCUGGCAGCCUGUGAGAAUGAGGAAGCCACACUAGCCAUGCCCAAGACGAAGGAAUUGGACGUCUCGCUUAGAAACUGGGUCAGCAAGUUUGGAAGGUCUCAGGACUUCUGGAUCGGUCUGAAGCAUGGCCGUGGCAGAAUCUGGCAAUGGUCAGAUGGGUCUAGAUUAGACGACCAUGACUACAAGGGAUGGAAUCCAGGAGAGCCAAAGGUAACUCAGUUCCUCAAGUCAGCAUGGUGGUCAAAAGGAGCAGGGUGUGUACAGUACUGGGCAGGAGGCACUGGUACCCAUAUGUGGGUCGAUACUGUGUGCAGCCGUACCAAAAGGUACAUCUGUCAAGCUUCUCGGAGUCUGAUCCCACGAGAAAGUGUGAAAACCGGAGAUGAAGCUAUACGAUGCCCAACGCUGACACCCCCAGCAAACGGUGCUGUGAAAAGCCCCAACUCCUACAGAAGCGUGGCCACCUUCACUUGUGACACAGGGUACAAGUUGGUCGGUACUUCUACACGUACCUGUCAGUCUGACGGCACUUGGAGUGGAGGAUCUCCAACAUGCAAAGCUGUACAGUGCCCAACACCGAAGCGUCCAGCCAAUGGGGGCAAGAGUGGUUCCACGUUCUACCGGGGAGUGACUUACUUCAACUGCAACCGUGGGUACAGACUUGUAGGUGCGAACAGCAUCAGGUGCCAGGCAGACGGUACAUGGAGCGGCAGUGUUCCCACCUGCAAAGGUGAGGAUCAAAGCUGGGUGGAAGUGUUGGAAAGAAGGGCAGAAAAGAUGGAAAAAAGGGGGGAACAGAUGGAAAAAAGGGCGGAAGAGAUGGUAAAAAGGGCGGAAGAGAUGGAAAAAAGGGGGAAAGAGACGAAAAGACGGUGGGAAGGAAAGAUAAGCUGGGGUUAA